AGAUUAUGUUUUUUAUCAUAAGAAAAUGAUACAAAAAAACAAAAAUUCAUAGUAAUCAAAAAAGAUCAUAAAACAAUAACAUAAUGUCAUACAAAAGACAAAAUUAUCACUACUUUGUGACAAAUUAUGAUUUAUGAACAGAGGCGGGAAAGCACAAAAUUUGGUUUGAGACUUGGAUCUCGUGAAAAAGUUGGGAGAAUGAUCGAGUGAGUUGCUAAUACGAAUUUGAGAGUUUCUAAGUACAGGAAGAAACAAUUAAUUAAGGGGUGUAAAUCACAACGUUCCUAAUCCUCCUAGUACUAGGAUUCCUAUUCCGAUGCGGAAAAUGGAAAAAUUGCUCCCCAAUCCAAAUAAAUACACCCCCUCGCCAGCCCACUCACUCGCCGCCCUCAAAAUCUCCCGACAAAACAACAAAACAAUGUCGCCGACAUUCGCCGCCGUCCUCCCGGAGGAAUUCAGGUCCAGAAUCGCCGCCAUGUCCGGCCAGCGAAUCCAACUAGUAAUCCAAAAGAGGCUCACCGCCACCGACGUCUUCAAAGAGCGUUUCCUAAUCCCGGCGUCGCAAGUCGCGUCCCCAAACUUCCUGACACUCGAGGAACAGGCGCAGCUCAAUUACAGCCGGCACAAGCCGAUCGUCGCCGUGAUACUUGACCCGUCGCCGAACUCCUGCGCCGUCGACCUGAAGCGGUUCAACGGCACGGGUCCCUACGCCAUCACGAGCAACUGGAGCCUGGUGAUGAAGCGGAACAGGGAGGCUCUCGUCGAAGGUGCUCUGGUCCAGCUCUGGUCCUUUCGCUGCGCGUCGGAGCUUUGUAUCGCGGUGGUUGUUGCGGACGGCGGGGAUGAGGCGGCGGCGGAGAAGGAGGAGAUUUUGAUGAGGGCUGGGUAUAUGGCGUAUGAAUACUUGAGGAGGAAUAAUAUGCUUGGGUAAUAGGAGGGGGCAACCAUUUGAAUUGUGAAUUGUGGUGUAUAAUAAUCAAGUUCCAGUUAUAAUUUGCUGAUGAAAAAAAUAUGUAUUAGUGUUAUCUAAUCAAGUAUAUAAUUUUUAAUGAAUUGGUCAGAUAUGUGAUGUGGUCUAAAUUUGUACUAAAUUGUUAAUCAAUGUGAUUCGAUUUGACUGUACUAACUGCGCUACGAUCGAAGAUGCAUAGCUGGUUCAAUUGACAUGCGGUGCAGUGCCAUUAAAGGGGUCGUUUGGAGAAUAUGAAUUUAAAUCUAUAGAGUGUCAACAAUCUAAAGAUUCUAAUUCUUUGGAUUGGUGAAAAUAGAUUUUAAAAAUGUUUAUUGUUUGGUAAUUGUGAUUGUUAGCAUUCAAUGAAAAUAAAAAAUUAAUUUUAUAUUAAAUAACAUGUUUAUCCUUAAUAAAAAAUUAGAGGGGUUCGAGAAAUAUUAAAAAUUUUGUUAAUAAAUAUAUUUAAUAAGAUAAAUAAAUAAAAGAAAGAGAAAUAGUAGGAGAAAACAAAAUCUCACGAAUCAAGAUAUAGGAAUCUCUCUGAUUAUUAGAGAUUUGAUAUCCAUAGAUUUUAGGAGAUUUGCCAUCUCUAAAGCUAAAAUCCACAAUGCAAAAAACAACAAGAAACAUAACUUUCUACAAAAUCUACGGAUUCAAUGAAUCUACGUAGCAGAUCUCGUUAUCCAAACGACCCUUUACAUCAAUGUGGUGUGGUGCAUAGGGAUGGCAACAAAACCCGAACCCACGGGUACCCACCCGACCCAACCCAGUCAACGCGGGUAAAAUCCGUGUUGAGGGGUUUUUGGUCGGGUUUGGGUUUAAACCCGUUCACUAUUUAUCGGGUUGGGGUUGGGUUUAGGUAAACUCGACCUAUGGGUACCCGCCCACACCCAUAUAGUUAAUUUUCUCGGUAUAUUUAAUAUUCUAAACAACUAAUCUUAUUUAUGUUUGUGGAGACAUAUCUGGUUUUUUCUUUCAAAUUGUGUAGAAUGAAGUUGAUGUUAUCGAGUGGAGAGUGAAUAAACUUAAUUGAAAGAAAGAAGUUUUCAAUUAAUCAUGUUAUUUAUGGAUAAUUUGUGAUUUGCUUCAAUUUUCUCAAGUAUUCUACAUUGGUGUUGAACAAUUUGUAUAGUUAAUUUGUGAUUUGCUUGAAUUUUCUAGAAUGAUGUUUUAUAUAUGGAUAAUUUGUAUUGAGAGAUUGAUAUUUGACUUUAAUUUUUAUAUGAACUUGUUAUUGUAAAUUUUUUACGACAAAAACCCGUGGGUACCCAUGAACCCAUGGAUACCCAGCGGGUUGGGUUUGAGUUUUUCAAACCCAGUGAAUUUUACCCCGGAUUUUUUUCAAGAAUAAACCUAUGAGUUUGCG